AGUUUGCUGCGCUGAGAUUUGUUGCUAAUUGUCAGAUUCACCCGGAAGCCUUUCACAUGUACACCCUGGUACCCAGAUAAACAUGUUUGCGUUUAACUCUAUUCUACCUGUGUGACUCUGUAAGUAACACUAGUGGCUGGGAAAGAUGGCUUCUGCAUCCGACUCGGACAAGCCGUCGGUUUCUAAUGUGGAAGCAAACAGAAGUCGCCUCUGCGAUGAGUUUGCAGCUGUAACAGGAACUGAUAUCGCUGCAGCUCAGGGCUACCUGGCUGAGAACGACUGGGAGAUGGAGAAAGCAUUGAAUUCAUACUUUGAGGCUGAUUUGGAGAGAGUAUUUGAAGAAGAUUUCCCAGAUAGUGACACCACCCAUAAAACAAAGAGGCAGAAAGUUGAGGAAAAACCUCCAGCAGACUGUAUAGAUUUGACUGGAGACAGUCCAGCCUCCAAGCCCUCAGAAGAAGACGACAAUAAACUGUCACUGAUCUCCUGGAACGUGGAUGGACUUGAUACAGACGACCUUGGAGAGCGCGCCAGAGGCCUGUGCUCCUUCUUAGCCUUAUACACUCCUGACGUGGUGUUCCUGCAGGAGCUCAUCCCACCUUACGUCCAGUACUUGAAGAAACGGGCUGUCAGCUACCUAUUCAUUGAAGGUGGUGAAGACGGUUACUUCACUGGGAUGUUGCUGAAGAAGACGCGGGUCAAAUUUUUGGAGAGCCAGAUAGUAACGUACCCCACGACUCAAAUGAUGAGGAAUCUGCUUGUAGCUCAGGUGACGUUCAAAGGCCAGAAGCUGUGUCUUAUUACGUCCCACCUCGAGAGCUGUAAAGCUAGCGCACCGGAACGCAUGAAACAGCUGCGAGUGGUGAUGCAGAGGAUGAGAGAGGCGCCUGACGAUGUCACCGUCCUGUUUGGAGGGGACACAAACCUGAGGGACUCUGAGGUUGCCAAGGUGGGUCUUCCCCCAAGUGUCAGCGAUGUGUGGGAGCGACUGGGAAAGCAAGAGCACUGCCGCUACACAUGGGACACCAAAGCCAACAACAACAAGACUCUUCCUUACGUCAGUCGCUGCCGCUUCGACCGGGUCUACCUGCGCCCGGCCACCAAGGAAGGCGCCCCACGCCUGGCCCCUGACCACAUGGCCUUGCUGGGUCUGGAGAAGCUGGACUGUGGGCGCUUCACUAGUGAUCACUGGGGAAUCUACUGUAGCUUCUCCGCUGCUUAGAAACGCACAAAACAAGCUAAAAUGCGGCCAGUUCAAGUUUUAGAUCAGCUGGUCUAGUUUGUUUUGUUGUGUUUUACAGUCCCAGUGCAGACUUCCUCAGUGCUGGGUUCAGACCACAGAAAUAUGUUCUCUGUGAAAGAAGAUGUUCUGACCUCAUCUGGUUGCCUGUAAAUUUGAUAUCUUGAUUCGAUGAGUUUUAUCUUCUAAUGUGUUUCUUGAUUUAGUUUCUCUCCCCGCUUUUUUUUUUUUUUUUCUUUUUUGUAAAAUUGCUCAAAUAAAUGUAGAAAGCACCAA